AGCUUCGAUGUGACAAGCAUGAGACCAGGAGUUUUAUUCCUGAUGUUGGAGGAUUUUUAUCGAGAACUCCGUCUUUCUACCUGGAUGUUGUAUCUUUCUAAUUCUGAGCCCGGAUUGGCUAUAUUGUGUAGAUGGGGACGUACACAUAUUAUACAUUUAAAAAAGAUGGAUGAUUAAAGGUUUUGAUAAGAACAUUUACCGUAAUAGAGGCUGCAACUUACCACAUCAUGGCAGAUUUUGUAUUCUACAUUUUAUCACAAACAUAAUGUUACAUGAUUGCCUAUAAUGUUACUAUUUUUCAAGUUUCUUGUAACGCUACUUUUGUACUAAAAAUACCAGUAUAUUGUUUGGUUUUGUUUCGUGUAUUAAAAAUCUUAAUUAUUUAGCGAAUUUACUUUUCAGUUUUGUCAAGUUAUAGAGCUGCCUUCGGCAGGCCUAGGCGCUGACUUUUUCCAACUAUCUCAAAACACAGUGGCGUCGGUAGCCUAGCUAGUGGUGAGGCUACCAGACCCGUCAUCGUGAGAUUGCGGGGUUCAGGAAUUUGAGUCUCAUUUCGGACUUUCGACGUUGUCCAUGAGAAAGGCACUUUACGUAAAUUUCCUAUUUAAUUUGGAUUUAUAUAUUUGGAAAUAAACGUUUAAUUUCGAGGUCCCGCUUCUUAAAUAACCUAAAAGUGUUGAUAGGGGUGUUACACUCAUAUAUAUUACCAGUACUUCAUUUUCAAAACAACAAUGAUUUAGGCAGUUUUUUAUUACUGUGACAUCCGGCAGUCAACAUUAUGCUGAAGUUUCUACAGUGGCUACUAUACAGCUCAAAAUGCCCGCUGUUUGUGCCAGGAUAUUUCGGCUCGAAUCCCAGCUCGGCCAAUAGAUGGAGAACUUUGUUCUGGGCCGUGGCGUCCUGCUUGGUGUGGCUUCAAUUAGAAGUCACGUGGUUCAACUUCUUUGCAGUCUCUCUCCUUCCAGUUCUUUUGGCUGCCAUCUUCAUGGUGGUAACGAAUCAACUGCACGUGUCAAGAAGUGACGUCGGCAGUUUGUUGACCCUGGCUGCUUGUCUCGGCUUUGUGAACGGUCUUGUGGUACUGACGUCAUUUCCUCUUUACAUGAGAUACGAGUACCUGGCCAAGAAAAUCGUUUGGCGUGAGGCUCACCUGUUCCAGCGAUGGUGCCCGAACACCUACGUCACAGUGUCCACCGUGUGCCUAAUUACUCUGCUGGUCAAGGGACUUCGGGUCAGUUGUUGGAGGGCUCACUACUAGCUCAAUGGCAUCAUGCUGGACUACGGAGCGGAUGACUGUCGUUCAAAGUCGAUACGAAAUAUUUUUAACUUAGAUGGGUUUUAAAAAAAAUUAUUGUCCGUAAUGUUUUUAGAAAAUGCUUUUGUUGCCGUGGGAAGGGGGAGGGGGGAGGGGGUUGAGACUCUUCGCCUGUUUGACUUGAUCCUUUCGUAGAUGAACGUUUUUUUAAAAAAUUCUUUUUUUUUUUUUGGUAAUGAAACAGACGUUUGAUCUAUACCAGGACAGCGAGAAUCAAUGGGUUCUGUUUUGAAGUAAAUGAAUUGUUUUUUAUAAAUAAAGUAGAAAGGAAAACAUUAUUCUUUUCAAUUGCACUAAUUAUAAUUAGAUUCUUCUUCAACAAUUUAACCAAAGCAAAGCAAUUGUGCAAAUAUUGCCAUUCGAUUUUUUUAAAAAUCUAACCUACCCUUGUUUUAUCCCUAAUUAUUAGAUCUAUUGCUUGAGGAUUCAAUAGUGCGUUUAUUGUUCAGUGAACUCAUGCUGCUUACUGUGACACGAUGGCGAUUUUUGUUAACUUAAAUAAAGUAAGAAAAACAAUAAAAGUAAAACAAAAAUUUGUUCUGUGUACAUGUCUUUGAUUGUUUAGCCCUGAGUAAAAGGUGUUUAGAGGACCCUUGCUCCUGGAAGACCUUACUUUUCUUUCGCUCUGUUUUGUUUCCCUCUUUCCUACAAUAAAUUCGCUUUUUAGUUUUUAUAUUUUGUUUUUGAUCAUGUUUCUUUUAACUCAACCAAAUUAUACUCAAAUUA